AGAGACUUAUUGCCAUUUAACUGCAUUUUUUGUAUUAACCUUUUUAAGUUUAACUUGAAUUAAUUUUUUGAAAGAAAGAAAAAAAAAAACAUAUUCACUAUUUUUAUAAACAAAGUUAUCAUCAAUAAGUGCUUUUAAACCAAUUCUUUAAACAUUCAGUUGAUUUUUAAGUUACUUCUCCCCAACAUUGAAUCAGUGAAUUAAAAUUUUACAACGCUGUGAAAGUUUUUCUUUCUACUAUCAAAAAAUGGAAAAUUAUAAAAAAACGUAUUACUUGACGAGUCUCCUGAUCCUUAUGAUCCUGAUUGUUACUCUAGAUUCUGUUAAUGCUAGACCAUCAAGUGGAUUCCUUAGUCGUCGUAAACGUGUAUCCGAUCAACGUCUUGCAGAGCUGGAGACUUUGCUGGCAUUGGCUAAGAUGCGUGGAAAACUGGUGACAGUACCAUUGGGAUUUGAUCGAGUGGAUCCAGCAAAAAUUGGUCGCAGACGAAGAUCAAGCACUGAAUAUGAUUUACAAAAACUUCAACGAUUUUUACAAGCAGCUGUUCGAGAUUCUGAAUAUGCCAGUGAAGAGAAUGAUGAAAUUAUCACUCCAUCUUGGCUGGAGGAUCGGCACACCGAUGAUAUAGAGGAUCAAUUGAUAUAAUGAAUACAGUGUUUCAGAGAUGUUUGGCAAAAAAUUAAUCUGUCAUAAAUGUCAAAUAUCAAGAAAAUGUAUAAGUCUUUCUGAACUCAACAGUAUUAACGGUUGCUCCGUCAUCGGUACUUAAAUAUAAUAACUUUAAUUGGAGUUAGUUAUAAUAAUUGAUUAUUAUUCAAAAGUUAAAUAAGACGAGAAAUUUUGAAAAAAAAUUUAUGUAUAUUUUAUGUUAUAAUCUAUACAUGCUAUUUAUUGCAAGCAUGAUAUUUAAUGUUCGCACAUAAUUUAUUACCAAUUCAGUAACGUUUUUUUAAAUUAUUUUUUAUUUUAUUUAUUAUAGUUAAGUAUUCAUGAAAGCAUUUUUAUUUUUCAUUCAUUUUAUGAUUUGUAAAUAUCUUUAC